AUGCCGCUCCUCAAUCCCUCUCUGGAUGCCAAAGGCCCGUCUCCUGCUCAUGCCAACUCCGUGAGGAGAAGAUCAACUGCCCCUUCUAAACCCGCUAUCGGUGGUGCAGUCGCAUACUUCCAGAACUUAAGAGAAGUCUUGCCGUCCCUCUCUCCCCAGGCUAAUUCUGACAAGGGCGGUGCUAUUCCCCCCGCAGCAGCCCCCAUGUCUGCGGAGGGCCUCAAGUGGUACGCUUUGGAGCUCGAAGACGGCACUGUCUACCAAGGUUACAGCUUCGGUGCGGAAAGAAGCAUCGCGGGAGAAUUGGUGUUCCAGACCGGCAUGGUGGGAUACCCAGAAUCCAUCACAGACCCUUCUUACCGUGGCCAGAUUUUGGUUGUCACUUUCCCCUUGGUGGGAAACUAUGGCGUUCCCUCGCGCCAGACCGUAGAUGAGCUGCUGGGUGAUCUGCCUAAGUGCUUCGAGUCAACUGAAAUCCACGUUGCUGGUCUCGUCGUCGCUAGUUACUGUGGAGAGGAUUACUCCCACUUCUUAGCUGGGUCGUCUCUGGGCACAUGGUUGAAGGAGCAGGGAGUGCCGGCCAUGUACGGUGUCGACACCCGUUCCCUCACCAAAAGAAUUCGAGAAGAAGGAAGCAUGCUUGGCCGGAUUCUGCUACAGAAACCCAACGUCAGCACCGAAAUUCUCAAUGGAGAUGCCGCGAGCAGCCUAGCAAUUGUUGACGAAGAUAGACUUGAUGACUGGAGGGCACUCUUUGAACAGAUUGAAUGGGUGGAUCCUAACAAGAGAAACCUUGUUAACGAUGUUUCUAUCAGGAAACCCCGAUUGUUCUCCCCACCAAAGGAUUUGGCGCUUUCCCACCCAUCUGGUCGCACCAUCAGAGUUCUGUGUGUGGAUGUUGGUAUGAAAUACAAUCAACUGCGGUGCCUGCUCGCUCGCGGCGUUGAGGUCCUUGUCGUUCCCUGGGAUUAUGAUUUUCCUAGCUUAGCCGGAAAGGAAUACGAUGGGCUAUUCCUGUCUAAUGGUCCAGGAGAUCCUGCCAUGGUUUCUAAAACCGUUGGGUAUAUUCAUUCGGCACUCGAGGACUGCCGAACUCCUAUUUUCGGUAUCUGUCUUGGUCACCAGUUGCUAGCCCGGGCCGCUGGCGCAAGCACUACAAAAAUGAAGUUCGGUAACAGAGGCCAUAACAUCCCAUGUACCAGCCUUAUGUCUGGCCGCUGCUAUAUCACAUCACAAAACCACGGUUAUGCAGUGGACGCCAUGACGUUACCGGAAGGAUGGGAGGAACUUUUCGUUAAUGCCAAUGAUGGAAGCAAUGAAGGUAUCAGACAUCUUUCACGCCCAAUUUUCAGUGUGCAAUUCCACCCGGAGAGCGCUCCUGGACCUCGGGACACCGAGUUUUUGUUUGAUGUAUUUAUCGACACCAUCAAGAAGAGCGUAGUGUCGUCCAGUGUCCUUCAUGAGCCCGUCAGCUUUCCUGGCCCGACUGCAGAAGAAACUGAUCUUGCUCAUCCGAGAGUCAGCGUUAAAAAGGUUCUCAUUCUUGGUUCGGGCGGUCUCAGUAUAGGUCAAGCUGGAGAGUUUGACUAUUCUGGAAGCCAAGCUAUAAAGGCCCUGAGAGAGGAAGGAAUCUACACCAUCCUCAUCAACCCUAAUAUCGCUACGAUCCAGACAUCAAAGGGUCUCGUAGACAAAGUCUACUUUCUGCCUGUCAAUGCAGAGUUUGUGCGCAAGGUUAUUAAGCAUGAACGCCCAGAUGCCAUCUAUGUAACGUUUGGUGGCCAAACCGCCCUCCAGGUUGGCAUCCAGCUCAAAGAUGAGUUCGAACAGCUUGGUGUUAAGGUCCUCGGUACCCCGAUCGACACCAUCAUUACUACCGAAGAUCGUGAGCUAUUCGCGAGAAGCAUGGAAUCUAUUGGCGAAAAAUGUGCCAAAUCCGCAUCCGCAUCCACUCUCGAGGAAGCUAUGGAAGCUGUCAAGGAUAUCGGAUUCCCUGUCAUUGUUCGCGCUGCAUACGCACUUGGUGGACUUGGAAGUGGCUUUGCUGAGGACCCAGACCAAUUGCGGGACCUGUGCAUGAAAGCCUUUGCCGCAAGCCCCCAAGUUCUCAUUGAGAGGAGUAUGAAAGGGUGGAAGGAAAUUGAGUAUGAAGUCGUCCGUGACGCCCGUGAUAACUGCAUCACUGUUUGUAACAUGGAAAAUUUUGAUCCACUUGGUAUCCAUACAGGUGAUUCAAUUGUUGUAGCUCCUUCGCAAACCCUGUCUGAUGAGGACUACAAUAUGCUCCGAACAACAGCCGUCAAUGUCAUUCGUCAUUUGGGGGUUGUUGGCGAAUGUAACAUCCAGUACGCGCUGAACCCGUUUUCCAGAGAAUAUUGCAUUAUUGAGGUCAAUGCUCGCUUGUCAAGGUCAUCCGCACUCGCCUCCAAAGCCACGGGUUAUCCUCUCGCUUUUAUUGCCGCAAAACUCGGUCUCGGUAUUCCGCUGAAUGAGAUCUCUAACUCCGUAACAAAGGUCACCUGUGCUUGUUUCGAGCCGUCGCUAGAUUAUGUUGUUGUCAAAAUUCCCCGUUGGGACCUCAAGAAAUUCACUCGUGUCUCUACCCAGCUAGGAUCUUCCAUGAAGAGUGUUGGUGAAGUCAUGAGUAUUGGAAGAACUUUUGAAGAGGCCAUUCAAAAGGCCAUCCGUGCUGUAGACUUUCACAAUGUUGGCUUUAAUGCAACAAACGCACUCAUGUCCAUCAAAGCCGAACUCCAAACGCCUUCCGAUCAGCGAUUGUUUGCUAUCGCCAACGCAAUGCAUUCCGGUUACACUGUUGAUGAUAUUUGGGAGUUAACCAAAAUUGACAAGUGGUUUUUGCGCAAGCUGAAGGGCCUCAGUAAUUUUGGAACGUCUUUGACUAGUUAUAAUGCCACCACCAUUCCCGUAUCGCUCGUCAGACAAGCAAAACAACUCGGUUUCUCAGACAGGCAGCUGGCCAAGUUUUUGAGCUCCAAUGAAUUGGCUAUCAGACGGCUGCGAGUGGAAGCGGGCAUCAUGCCCGUAGUUAAGCAAAUCGAUACAGUUGCCGCUGAAUUCCCUGCGUUUACUAACUACUUGUAUUUAACUUACAACGGCUCUAAGAAUGAUGUUGAUUUCAAUGACAAUGGUGUUAUGGUGCUUGGAUCCGGUGUCUACAGAAUUGGCUCCUCUGUCGAGUUCGAUUGGUGCUCUGUCAGGACCAUCCGAACUCUACGAGAGCAAGGGCACAAGACAGUUAUGGUUAACUAUAACCCGGAAACUGUCAGUACUGACUAUGAUGAAGCUGAUCGACUUUAUUUUGAGAAUAUCAACUUGGAAACUGUAUUGGAUAUAUAUCAGCUUGAAUCGUCCAGUGGAGUUAUCAUUUCUAUGGGUGGACAAACACCAAACAUCAUCGCCUUGCCUCUGCAUCGGUUGAACGUCAAUAUUCUGGGCACGUCUCCCGAAAUGAUUGACACUGCUGAGAAUCGCUACAAGUUCUCUCGACUCCUUGACCACAUCGGUGUCGACCAGCCUGCUUGGAAGGAACUAACCAGCAUUGAGGAGGCUACCGAAUUUUGCGCUAAGGUUGGAUACCCUGUUUUGGUGCGGCCGUCUUAUGUGCUUUCUGGCGCUGCUAUGAACACGGUUUAUUCGUUGGACGAUCUUGCAAGCUAUCUUAACCAGGCUGCUGAAGUCUCACGUGAACAUCCAGUAGUAAUCACUAAGUAUAUCGAAAACGCCAAGGAAAUUGAAAUGGAUGCCGUGGCGAAGAAUGGCGUUAUGGUCGGUCAUUUCAUCUCAGAACAUGUUGAAAAUGCUGGCGUUCAUUCAGGUGAUGCUACUUUGAUCCUCCCACCGCAAGAUUUGGACCCGCAAACCGUCAGCCGGAUCGAAGAGGCCACCCGCAAGAUUGGGAAUGCCCUGAACGUUACCGGGCCAUUCAAUAUUCAAUUUAUCGCCAAGGAUAAUGACAUCAAAGUUAUCGAGUGUAAUGUCAGGGCAUCGCGAUCUUUCCCAUUCGUUUCCAAGGUUAUGGGUGUUGACCUGAUCGAAAUGGCAACGAUGGCGAUGAUUGGAAAGCCAUUUGUGGAAUACCCGCUCGUCACUGUUCCGAAGAACUACGUCGGAGUCAAAGUCCCCCAAUUUUCAUUCUCUCGCCUUUCCGGUGCUGACCCCGUUCUUGGCGUGGAGAUGGCGUCAACUGGUGAAGUUGCAUGCUUUGGCCGUGACAGAUACGAGGCAUAUCUUAAAGCUCUUAUCUCAACCGGCUUCAAGCUUCCUAAGAAAAAUAUCCUCUUCUCCAUCGGUUCUUUUAAAGAGAAACUUGAGAUGCUUCCGUCGAUCAGGAAGCUCCACGCGCUAGGAUAUAACCUAUUCGCAACAGCAGGCACUGCAGACUAUCUCAAGGAACACGGUCUUCCAGUGAAGUAUCUCGAAGUUCUUGCGGGAGAAGAGGAGGACCUCAAGUCAGAAUACUCUCUUACGCAGCAUCUUGCCAACAAUCUGAUUGAUCUGUACAUCAAUCUUCCCUCCAGCAAUAGGUUUAGACGACCAGCAAACUACAUAAGCAAAGGUUAUCGAACUCGUCGAAUGGCGGUCGACUACCAGACUCCACUAGUUACCAAUGUGAAGAAUGCGAAGAUUUUGAUCGAGGCGAUUGCUCGUCAUUACCCGAUGAACGUGAUGAGCAUUGAUUGCCAAACAAGCUAUCGCUCUGUUACUCUCCCAGGCCUUAUCAAUAUCGCAGCAUUUGUGCCAGGUCUCGCAAACCCCGAUUCUCCGGACUUUCAGGAGGUGACCAAGGCUUCCAUUUCUAAUGGCUUUAGCAUGGUUCGCAUCAUGCCCGUCGGUGUGGAUAGCUUUGUCACCGAUUCCCAAGCACUGAGAACUGCCCAGCAUAACGCCGGCAAGGGCUCGUACUGCGAUUUCAACUUGUCUGUUGCGGCAACCUCUGCCAAUUCUGACAAGGUUGGACAAAUCACGAGUGAAGUCGGUUCACUGUUCAUCCCCUUUAACCACCUAUCGGGAAAUAUCAACAAGGUUGCGACGGUUACGGCGCACUUUGCUUCCUGGCCCACCACUAAGCCAAUCAUCACUGAUGCCAAAGCGACCGACUUGGCUUCCAUUCUGCUCCUUGCCAGCCUCCACAAUCGUAAUAUACACGUGAUGAGUGUUACAAGCAAAGAUGAUAUUGGCCUGAUUGCCCUCAGCAAGGAGAAAGGCCUCAUGGUGACCUGCGACGUGUCCAUCUACUCCCUCUUCCUCUCCCAGGAUGAUUAUCCUGGUUGCACAUGUCUUCCAUCUAAGAAAGACCAACAGACGCUGUGGGAGUACAUGGAUACAAUUGACGUCUUUUCCAUUGGAAGUCUUCCUUACCAGGUUGCGGGUAGCCAUGCCUCUGCAGCUGUCGGCAUCCAAGACGCACUUCCCCUGCUCUUUACUGCUAUUUCCGACAACCGCCUAACCGUGGACGAUGUUACCUCCAGACUCUAUGAUAACCCGAAAAGGAUCUUUGAACUUCAUGACCAGCCCGAUACUUCCGUGGAGGUCGAAUUUGACCGACCAUAUGUAGUCCAGGGCCGUGGCGUUUGGUCACCCUUUACUGGCAAGACGUUAAAGGGAUCUGUCGGUCGAGUUAUAUUUCAAGGAAAGACCUCUUGCUUAGAUGGCGAAAUGAUGCCAGAUGCGCCAAAGGGAUCAGACAUGUCCAGUCAUCAUCUUGCACCCCCAGCGCCAUUAUCACCCGUAGCCAGGGAAAUCGUUCCUUCGACCCCUCAACGCGAAAGCUCUCUCGCAAGACGGUUGUCUAUCUCAACCACACCGCUUGCGCGUCCAUCGAGGCUUAGGGAUCCUUCUGAAGGGUACCCUGUACCUAAUUCUGUGGAUGAAUUAGUUCCCGUUGCGCCCCUUUAUCCAUAUCCAAUCAAGAUAUCUACUUCGGUGCAACAGCUGCUCUCGCACUCCGCCUUCAAACAGAAACAUAUCAUUUCAGUCAGCCAGUUCAAUCGUACAGAUCUUCAUCUUCUCUUCACCGUUGCACAAGAGAUGCGCCUUCUACCCGCACCUCCGCUUCCUUUGAUGCCGCUAUGCAGCGAUUGGGCGGUCGCACCAUCCCCAUCGCCACCGAGCAUUCUUCCACUAAAAAGGGAGAAACCCUCCAAAGACACCAUCAGGACGCUAGGAUGCUACAGUGAUGCCAUCGUCCUCCGCCAUCCUGAUGACGGCAGUGCGGCCACUGCUGCCAAAUUCUCUCCUGUCCCCAUCAUCAACGGCGGUAACGGUGCCGUUGAACACCCAACCCAAGCUUUUCUUGACCUCUUCACCAUCCGCGAGGAGCUCGGCACAGUCAACGACAUCACGAUCACUUUUAUCGGCGAUCUGAAAUACGGCCGUACUGUACAUUCACUCGUCAAACUUCUCCAAUUCUAUGACGUUCGCGUCCAGCUUGUCUCGCCCAAGGCGCUGGCUAUCCCUGAAGAGGUUCGCCAACAGCUUGUGGCGGCCGGCCAGCUUAUUCUUGAAUCGACUGAACUGACCCCGGAGAGCCUGGCACGGUCUGAUGUACUUUACUGCACGCGCGUGCAGAAGGAACGGUUCGAAGACCUGAACGAGUACGAGAGACUGAAGAAUACCUUUGUCAUCGACAAUACAGUGCUCAAACAUGCAAAGAGCCAGAUGAUUGUCAUGCACCCUCUACCGCGCAACCAGGAGAUCUGCGAAGAGGUUGACUUUGACCAGCGUGCGGCCUAUUUCCGACAGUAUCCACAUCCACAACCUGGCAGCGAUAUCCAUGCGGAAGCUCCUGGGAGCUCCCAAAGGGCCUUGAAUGCUCUCUGGGGUGCAUCCCACAGCCCACAACGGCACCUCUCGUCGACUCCAUGUCUCCAAACGGAACAGUCACCUCUAUCCCGCCCUCUAUCCCGUCCGUUGUAUCCUCCAGUUAUCAGCAUCACUGACGCAACCUUCUUCCGGUCGUCGGCCAAGUCGACUUUCCUCGACGUUCUUCGUGGUCGCUAUAUCUGUGUUCCGCCAACAGCAUGGUCAUAUCCAUACCUUUCGUCACAUGAAGCACAAGCUGGCGGUUCUCUUGUACGGGACCACACUCAAGCAAUCCAGUAUGUUGGCUUUAAUGGUGACCAAAUACAAAGUGUUGGAUGCGUUCGUGGCUCAUAUUUGAGCGCACGAUACGAGAGUAGAAGGGAAGAUACGGAUUUUACUGUUCUUCAGUUUUCGAAGGGUCAGAUGUCUCUAAAUCCAUUAGAGCUAGAGCAGGAUGAAUGCCCACUGAUGCGAGAAGAAGCAUUGGAGGAUGCAAUCAUUGGUUGCUCAGAAAGCAAGAGCAAGAGGCAUUUUAAUAAAAUAAUCCAAGAUAUACAAUUAAACGAUUUUCUUGAUUUACCUGUGUCGAAUUUAAACAGCGUGGGCCUGGAUCAGUCCACAGUGCCCUCCCUGUCCCGUCUAUUAUAUCUGGCCACAUUAUGCGGUAGCCCCCGUAUCGUCCUGGCUUUAAGACCCAAGGACCAAAUUCCUGAAUGGGUCUCUAAGGUAGUCAUUUUGGGCCCAGAUCACACUCUUGCCCUUCAAGGUGCCCGUGAGGAGGUAUUUCAAACCCUGCAGCUGUUGAAAGCUGUAGCCUCUCGGCGGGUCAAAACUCCAUUCACGGAGCGAGCUGCUGAAAAGAGCCCACGACACCCAGAAUCUAGUUUGUCGCAUUCCGGCCGGGUUGAACCCCGCAGCGAGGAUGAGGAACACGCUUUCGCAUACCUCUCAUUAUCAGAGAAAGGGGAAUAUAAUAAGUUCCAGUGGUUACAUGAAAAUGAGAAAGUAGAGAAAAGGGUAGCCCCGUUGGGCCAACUACUUGUCGAAAUGGAAGGGGUGGGUGUUCAAUAUGGUGAUAGAGACGGGGUUUUACUGGGAGGUUCAUCGUGGACAGAGAUGGGGGGUGUUUGGCCUAAAUGGCAUGGGAAAAAGUCGGCCCUCAUCUCCUUGAUCACUUCGGACCAUCCGCAGACAUAUUCGCAGCCUAUCAAAUUAUUUGGCCGCCCUCGUUUGCCCAAACCCGGUAAGCCUGAUAUCUCGAUUUUCGACCUGCAAUUUCGCAUUGGCCAUUCCUCUCUGAAGAUCCAUGCUUUCUUCCCCAAACACCUCUCCAUCCGCGCCUCCAUAGAAUCAGCUUGGGCAGAGACAUUCCUCUCGAAACUGAAACUCAACCCCGAACGAAGCCUGGACGUUGAUUCUGUUCUACACUUUUUCGAGUCAGACCUAAACCCAGAUUUUAUCCCCCGGACAGACUUGCUCAAUUCCAAUACCGAAACCAAUACCCCAAAGUGGUUCCAUCCACGAAGUGGGCAAACUCCCUCGAAUUAUCCUCCCUCACAGUUGCCCAGAAGCGACCUAUUCUCUUCCUCCGAGCCCUCAUCCACAGACCUGACCUCAUUAUUCUCGACGAAGAUUUUUCUGGCAUGGAGUCCUCCCUGCGUGACAAAUGCCUUCACUUCCUUGAAAUGGGAGAGCAGCUCGCUCCAAGUAGCGGCUCCAGGAGAAAGCUCAACUACGCCGAUGUGUGGCAUCUACCAAAAUCAUCAGGCCCUGGUUGUCAUCAGCCGUGUCAAGGAGGAAGUCCCUGAUAUCGUGAGUCACUGGAUGCGACUUCCAACACCAGCCAGCACAGAAACGGGACCUGUUACACUCAAUCAAUUGGCGCCGGUGAUGAAUUUCAAGGUUUGCCAGUUGGAAGCUCAAGAAACUGUCGCGGUACAUGCAUGGGAAAAUAUUUGGAAGCCCAACUAG